AUGGCCCAUCCGAUUGGCCUCGGUGACCAUGCUCCACUACUCAAGCCCACUUCCCGUGCCGCCCAGCCCAACUCACCGAUUCCCCCUAGCCCAAAUCCAGUUGAACACGACGAGACUCGUGAAAAGCUCAACUCCAUCCGAGUCAAAUUCAUGCGCCUCGUCCUCAGUCUGGGCCAAACUCCGGCCAACCCCAUCGUGGCCCAACUCCUAUACAGAUUGGGCCUUAUCGAGCACCUGUACACGGGCCACAAGCCCAAUGCAUUUGCCGAGCAGUUAGAAACCUCCGGCGAAAGCCCGUUUGCCUUCCCCUGCACCAUUCUCGUCCUUGGAAAAUCGGGCUCUGGCAAAAGCUCGACCCUCAACUCCAUACUAAAUGGGCCCGUUUUCGAAGUGGGCCCGGCACAGAGGAAAUCCGGGCCCACGUGGGAACCGUGCACGGCGUCGAGUUCCGCGCGGUUGGAUGCAGGUGGCGAGGGGACCGAUGACGUGGCGCUGAUGCGUACGAUAACCGACGUGCUCGGGCGGGACAUCUGGCUCGACACAAUUUUCGUGCUUACCCACGCCUCGUCAGCGCCGCCUAACGGUAGGACGGCGGGGAGUAGUUACGGCGCGUUCGUGGAGCAGCGAUCGUCCGCUUUGCGGCGCAUGGUGCGCCUUGUAUCGGGGGAUAUUAACCCGUUUGCGAAUCCCGUGGCUCUCGCAGAGAACCACCCGAGCUGCAGAAAGAAUCGGGUCGGGCAGCUCUGGAUUUCGAACCUUUUGCUCUUGUGCUUCGUCUCGAUAAUCUUGCGGGAGGCGAGUGAAUUGCUCGGGAUUUUUCGGGAGAAGAAGCCUCUCGACCCUCGGUUGGGAUUAUUUACUAAUUUACCGAGCCUUUUAUCGACGUUUUUGCAGUGGAGAAAGGAAGUUAUGUUGCCUUCCGAGCAAUUUAUCGAUGACGAUUGUUCCGAUUCCUCGGGAGAUGAAUUGGAGGAGUACGAGAAGCUUCCUCCUUUGAAGCCGCUCGCGAAAACCGAGCUCGAAAAACUUAGUAAAUCGGAAAAAAAGGCCUAUUAUGAUGAAGUAGAUUACAGGGAGAAGCUUUUCAUGAAAAUGCAGAUUAAGGAGGAAAAAAUGCGCCGGGAGAUCGAACCCGAAACCGAAACUGAACCCGAAAUUGUUCCGGGCCCGGACUUGCCUGCCUCGUUCGAUUCGGAUAACCCAACCUAUCUGUACCGUUUGAUUCAUUACUCGAGCUCGUGGGCCGUUGGGCCCGUUAUCAACACCAAUGGCUGGGAUCACAAUACCAGUUUUGACGGUAUGUACAUGGAUUGGCCGAUCGUGAUUGGUGACCGGAUUCCGGUGACUUUUUCCAGCCGGGUUUUCACUAACAAAAAGAAAACGGACCUCCAGAUGGAAAUUGCCGGCACGGUCAAACACGGGCACGGAAAGUCAACGACCGUAUGUCUCGACGUGCUAACGGGCAAUAAACGAAAGGAUUGCAUUCUUCAAAGCCGAACUUUAUUCGUGAACCGAAGAUUCAACAAAUUGUUCGCCGGCGUUCUUGACCGGAGGAUGAGGGACCGGGAUGAGUUGACCGGCCGAUUUUCGUCGAGUUUUGGGAUUAAUUUCGUGGAUUUUCGCGGAGAUUUUGCUGUGGGUUUGAGUUCCCACGUGCAGAUUCCGAUUGGCCGGAAAUCGGAUUUGAUUGGCCGGUUUAGAGAGCUUUUUCUGGCCGGGGCGGGUCGAGUGAAGGAAAAUGGGUGA